AUGUCUCUCAGCAUCCGAGGGUAUAACGCCCCCCGGGCUCAGUCCCAAAACAACACAAACACCGGCCUCAACGGCGACAACCGACGUCGGACGACCACAACCACAACCACAACCACCACCAGCACACACUCCAGUCCCACCCGCCAACCACAGAACAGCGGGCUCAUGAAUGCCAUCAACGGAUACACCACACACUCGAAUGCAAACAACCAGAUGGUCCCCCAUGGACGCAGCUCCGAGCCCGACCUGAGCUCAUCCGGGGCCUCCUCCGUGUCUACCUAUGCUCCUCGCUCAUCUUCUCGCCGAGGAGAGCCAGCCGGGAACAAGGUCCGCUUCAAGCCUCCCACUCUCCAGGUCAGGCCUCGCCAGGAUGAUCCCCCCAUGAGGCACGCCGACCCGGAGCCCUUCACUCCACGCGGGCCCUACACCUCUGAAUCAGACAACGAGUCCUCCUGGAGCUCGUCCAACGUGUCCAGCAGCACCCAGGCCACCAGCGUCUUCUCAUCAUCCGACGAUGGUGCUCCUCCUCCCAGUAAGAAGCGCACCAGCGCGGUCGUCGACUCAAGGCAGUCAAGGCAGAGUGGCAGCAGUUCCACAUCUUCCCGUCGCCAGAGCAUCAGCAUGGAACGACCUGGCCGACGGUCCGAGAACAGCCACAGCGAGGCCCAGGUUCAAACGCAAAACUCGAACCAGGGCACUCGCAACAUUCACAUUCACAUCGAGCCUGCCAAGGUUCAAUCCCCGCCUGCUGCCCCUCAAGCAACUCUGGUCACUCACCAGGUUGCCCCUACACACGCGCCACCGGCUCCUCCCCUCAUCACCCAGCGGGUUCCAGAGGCCAUCACCUACCACCAGCAGCCAGCUCCCAUCCAGCAACAGCCUGCUGUCCACCAGCAGCACGUGGUGCCCUACCAGGAACCAGACAACGUCUGGGAGCUGGAGAGCCUGCGCAAGGAGCUGAAUCUCCUCAAGGACAAGCAGUCUUCCUCUGACCGGGACCUCCAGGACCUGCGGCAGAAGACGGCGAGCCUCGAGAAGGACAACGCCAACCUCCAGAAGGACAACUCCGGCCUCCAGAAAGACAACACCAAUCUCCAGAAGGACAAGGAUGACCUGCGCUCCGAGCGCAACAGGCUCCAGCAGUCCAAGGACAAGCUGACGAGCGACCUGGACAACCGGGCCCGCCAGCUGGACAAGGUCCAGACCAAGGCCGAGGAGCAGAAGAAGGCCUUUGAGAAGAUCGAGAAGGAGCGGGACUCGAGGCUGGAGAAGACCAAGAAGGAGCACGCCGAGGCGCUCAAGAAGGCGCACAAGGAGUGGGACACCACCCAGGAGAAGCUCCGCAAGGACUACGACGCCGCCCUCCGGACCAUCAAGAAGGAGCGGGACGACCUCGCCGGGUCCGAGAGGUCCUUUGAGGGCAGGCUCAAGGAGGCCGAGGCCAACCUGCACAAGUACAGGGAGCUCAGCGACCUCAUGAGCAACAAGUGCAACGUGCUCGAGAAGGAGAGCAAGCAGCAGGUGACCUUCCACAAGGAGAUUGACGCCAAGACGAUCAACCUCGAGCGCGAGCUCAGCGAUGUCAAGGCCAUCAGGAAGGCGCAGGAGACUUCCUAUGUUGCGCAGAUCGCGACCCUCGAGAUGUCUCUUGAUGCCGUGAACCUCCGCGUCAAGGGCCUUGAGGGCGACUUGCUCCAGAACGCCACCGAGCUGGGCGAGCUCACGGCUGAGCGUGAUGGUCUCAAGAGCGACAUCCGGACCAAGGUUGAUCCUCUUGAGAAGCAGGUCAAGAGCCUGGAAAACCAGAUCAGGACCAUGGAGAAGGAAGUCAAGGGUCUGGAGGGCCGAGCUGAGAAGCUUGAGAAGGAGAAGGAGGAGCUUCUGAAACAAGUGGAUGGUCUCAAGGCUGAGAAGCAGGCGCUUGAUGACAAGGUCAAGGAGCUUCAGGCAUCCCUUGAUGAUCACAAAAAGCAGCUAGAGGCCACACUUGAUGAUCACAAGAAGCAGCUGGAGGCCAAGGAGGCCGAGUUGACUGGUGUCAAUGGCGAGAAGACAGAGCUCAGUUCUCAGAUUGAGAAGCUCCAGUCUCAGAUCGAGAAGAUCCAGAAGGAGAAAGACACCGCUGAGAUCAAGGCCGGGGAGGUUGAGGUCAAGUACCGCAAGCUCAAGAACAAGGCCGAGCUCAUGAGCACUGAGGGGAAGAGCCUUCGCAACCAGGUCCAGGACCUCCUCAAGGAGCAGGACGAUACCUCAUCCCGUGUCCUGCGCCUCUCAGCCGAGUGCGACGGCCUUCGCGAGGAGAACGAGUCCCUCCGUGCCUCAUCUGAUGCAUCCAGCAUCUUCAGCCUCCCCCAGAGCAGUGCCGCCUCCAUCACGAGCGACACUGCCUCCAUCGUGAGCGACAUCGCCUCUACCGUGAGCAGAGACGACGAUGCCGCCACCAUUGUCUCUCAAAUGACCGAGAAGGCGCCCGAGCCCGUAACGGUUGAAGACGUGCCGGAAGACGUACCGGAGCCCGCCCCUGAGCCAGCAGCUGAGGAACCGGCACCCGAACCAGCACCUGAACCGGCUCCCGAACCGGCAGAAGAGCCAGCGCCAGCCCCCGAGCCAGCCGCAGCUGAAGCAGAAACACCCAAGGAGAGCGUUGACGCUCCCGCCGCCGAGGUAAACGCAGACCCAGCCCCCGAGCAGCCUGCCGAGGCGCCUCCGCCAGCAGAAGAGCCAAAGACUGAGGACGGACCAAAUGCUGACCCGGAGCCAGCAACCGCAACCGCAGCCCCAGAAGCCGCCGCCCCAGAAGAAGGCGGACAAGGAGAAGAAGAAGCCCAAGAGCAAGAGCCCGCCCCCGAAGAAGAAAAAGCAGAGCAAGUAGUCGACCCCAACGUGGUCCUCGUCGUGACCCUCAAGGAGCGCAACACGGAGCUCGAGACGCGCAACAACGAACUCCAAGAGAAGGCGGCCGCGGUCGACGCCCUGACGAGCGAGCGAGACAACCUGUGCACGAAGCUGGCCGAGGCGGAGAAGGAGGCCGAGGCGGUGCCUAAUCUGCGAGUCGAGAACGGCACGCUCACCGCCACGCUGGAGCAGGUCAAGGGUCAGCUGGAGACGGAGAAGCAGGCGCACCAGGCUGCCAGCAACCAGGUCACGGCCUUGAAGAAGAAGGUGACCGACCUGACUGCCCAGCUUGGUUCCAAGGACAGUUCCGGGACCAGGGGUCGAACCAAGAGUGACCGUAAAUCUAAGCGCGACAACGAGAUUGUGAUUGUGCGCUGCCCUCGAGAAGGCUCACGCGGAAUCUCUAUUGUACGACGAAAGAACCUUCACCACGUCCGCUCAUCAUCCCAGUCUGAGGGCUCUGGUGCGGACAGCUGA